AGAAAUGUCAGUUCAUACACUUUUUCCCAACAACCGUAUCAAAAUUUACAAAAAAGCACCCUGGACGAACUGCUGCCUCGCUGAACUAACUGCCUGUGUGUGUGAUGGUGUUUUCCGUGAUGGAGGGGAAACCCGCGGUCAAAUUAACCGGAAAGCGGGUGGUAUGAUGUGCUAUGAGUGAUGUUUUUUUCUCUCACACAAUACAUACAUCAGUCAGGAGUAAAUAAACGUAUGUGCAUUAGAGCUACUUGGUGAAACUACACAGCGCUAGAGAAGCCGGACAGAGUCGGAAUGGCGGUACCCAGCAGCUGCCCAGGUGAGAACGAGUACCCCUCCGGGUUUCCGAAGAGGAUUUGUGAUGAGAUCCCCGCGCGCAAGUACCUGUGCUCUCACUGCGACUGCGUGCUGAACGGAGCUCACCGGAGCGCGUGCGGUCACCGCUACUGCCUGGCCUGCCUGCACUGGCUCAUCAGAAACAACAAAAAUCUUGUGUGUACAAAGUGCAAAGAAGAUCCUAAACAUGAUAGCAACGCUGAAGUGCUGACGCUUGACCAGUUUUUCAACGAUGUAGCCAUCACUAAAGAGAUCUUGGAGCUGGGAGUGCACUGUGUUAACCCCGGCUGUUCGUGGAGGAGCACCCUCAAGGACUUUGAGGAACACCAGAGUCAAUGUGAGUACGCCCUUAUUCCCUGCAAUGUCGGCUGUGGAUUAAUGGUCUUGAGGAAGACAUUGGCCACUCAUCUGGAGCAAGGAUGUCCUAAUAAUAAGACAUUAUGCCCUAGAUGUUCAAACUCCCUGACCCCCUCUGAACUGCAGAAACAUCUGUGUCCAAGUGCAAAAGAAAAGAAACAAGCAAAAGUUGAAAAACGUCAGAAGGAAAAUAAGCAUGAAAAUGCCAAGUCGAGGGAGAUCUGUACCUUCUCUGAAGUUGGAUGCACAUUUAAGGGAAAUGUAGAGAAGGUACGAGAACAUGAGCGUUGCAGUUCAGCCUCCCACCUGCAGCUCCUUCUGGCUGCCCUUAGGGGACUUCGAUCCUCUGUUACCUCCCCACCUGAGAGGAGUGUGCAGUACCCUGGCCUGGACCUGCUCCUUCACGGUCAGAACUCAACGUCCCUUCGCUCUCGGACACGGGGAGAGCUGGAGAUGGACAGUGGGGAUGGAGGGGUGAGCGAUACGGCGCUCAGCCUGCAUGAAAAUCAGGCCGAGCUGGAGGUGGGUCAGCAGCUGCAUGCGCUACAGCAAAGACUGCAGAUUAUAGAAAACAUCAUUGCAGCACUGAACCACGAGGUGGAAAAAACCCAGAUAAACGUGACUACCCUGGAUAGACAUGCCCACAACAACAGGCAGGUCACGGAGCACCUGGAGGCCAAGGUAGCAGAGCAGGAGCAAAAGCUGAUCAGGAAAGACAUGCACAUUGCCUCCUUGCAGCAGAGCAUCUGUGCACAGCGGGACAUCUCAUAUGAUGGUACCUUGCUCUGGAAGAUCUGCAAUGUCAGUCAGAAGCUGAGAGAAGCAGCCUCAGGGCAGAAGAGCAGUCAGUACUCUGCAGCCUUCUACACAUCCAGAUAUGGAUUUAAAGUGUGCAUGAGGCUGUACAUGUAUGGAGACGGAGUCGGGAAAGGAACGCACAUGUCUCUUUUCUUCGUCAUUAUAAAAGGAGAAUACGAUCCACUUCUCUCAUGGCCCUUCAAACACAAGGUGACAUUCUUCCUCAUUGACCAGAGCCAAAGGGAGCAUGUGAUUGACACAUUUCGUCCUGACCUCUCAUCGGUGUCUUUUCGGAGGCCAGUCUCCGAGAUGAAUGUGGCCAGUGGUUGCCCUCUCUUUUGCCCUUUGGCCAAGCUACGCUCAUCAAAGCAUGCCUACUGCAAGGAUGAUACACUCUUCCUAAAGUGUGUGGUGGACGCAUAAUCAUAAAUAAUGGUGUAAGCAAGCUUUAGGAAGUAAACUCAGGUUUUGGACCAGUACAGAUAGAAAUUGUUGGGAAAUGUCAGGCUGCUCUGCAUGAAUUUUACUUUCUGCUCUCUUUAUUUUGCUGCUUUCUACCAAGUCUAUUAUUAUUAUUUAUAUUUUGCAAUAGAAGGUCAAAUCAAGGUUUUACAUGUAUUCUGUGUCAA